AUGGAAAACUAUGGUGCUGACAAUAAUGGAGAGCUUAAUAGAAUUAUAAGUGAAUUAACUCAAGGUAAGGACCUAGUUCAUCAGCUCCAACUCCAACUCAAUGCUCCUUAUUCCUCCUCCUCUUCUUCCCCCGAAACAACUCGAGAUUUCUUGCUUCAUAAUAUCCAGUCCAAAUUUGACAAGGCUCUUUCUUUGCUCCAGUACAGUACUGGAGACACUUCUAAUUCACUACUACCACAUUCCAAUUCUGUGCCAAUACCCUAUUUUGGAAGGUCUGAAUCUCCACCAUCUUUCACUGCGAGUCCCCCUCAUAGUGAAGAUUCUGAUCGUGACCUCGAACCCAAAGACCCUGCUACUCGCAAGAGAAAAAGCAAUACGCCACGGUGGACAAAGCAAGUUCAAAUUUGUCCCGGGGUACCAGUUGAAGGGACUCUUGAUGAUGGUUUUAAUUGGAGAAAAUAUGGGCAGAAAGAUAUUCUUGGUGCCAAAUAUCCAAGGUUACGUGUUGGAGCUGUGGAAACAGUUUCUUACAGAAAUGUAGGUACAACAGAUCCUUGUGAGGAUAUUACAGGUGUACACUUCGACAUGUCCAAGGUUGUUUGGCUACAAAACAAGUUCAAAGAGCCGAUGAAGAUCCCACAAUAUUUGAAGUGA